UCUGGUGCUCGGUGCUGCUCCAGUGGCUGGAGAUCGAGAUACGACUGUAAACAAAAAUCAAACCAACCAGUUUCAAGAACAUUGGAAUAAUAGAAUAAUUCAUCAAUAAAGGGACUAAAGAGGUUGAAAGGUGGUUUUGAUGAAGAUAUAAUAGUUCGUGAAUCGAUUUUGCCAGCUUUAAGAUAUUUUCAAUUCUUUUUUUUUUUUUGUAACAUUCAAUCAAAUUAUUUUUUAUUUUUAACCACGUUCUUCAGCAAUUCAUAAGGGUAAAAAAAGAAAUGAAUUUGCUGGUAAAACUGUGCAGCCGGUUGGCUGUUUCACCUCGACCCCUACAAGUCAUGCCUUCAAGGGCAUCGGCUUACAAGCACGUCGAAAAGCCGGCUCCUGGCACUGGCAAGGCAUUCCGAAGAAUUGUCCACUACCCAGAAGAGUACACUGUGAAGCCCCUAAAUGUGACUAACCUGGGCGGCAGGGAUCCAGUCUCAGGAAGAAUGGUGGCCAAAGGCAUUGGUGGCGGAAUCAAACACAAGUAUCACUGGGUCGACUGGAAACGACUUGCACCCAAGGAUGGAUCACCAUUGGUCGAGAAGGUGUUCGAGGUCAUCGAGGAUGGCUGCAGAACUGGGCAUGUUGCCCUCGUUGGGCAGGGAGAUGAAUUGAGGUACAUAAUGGCUACUGAAAACAUGAAGCCUGGCAACCUCAUCACAACCUACAGCGAAAUCCCUCGAAUCCCUGUCCGGCCAAAAGAAGGUGACGCCCACCCUAUUGGAGCUCUGCCCCAAAACACAAAAGUGUGCUGCGUUGAGAUGCACCCUGGACGUGGCGCCUUCUUUUGCAAAAGUGCAGGUAGUUGUGCCACGAUUGGCCGGAAAGUGGGCAACGAAGUUCUAGUCACCCUGCCUUCCAAGCGCGAGUUUUUCCUGAACCAGGAGUGCAUUGCAAUAGUUGGUAGAAUCUCAAACGCGAUCCACUCAAGUAUCCCUAUUGGCAGCGCUCAAAGAUUGCGUUGGCUAGGAUACAGACCACGUUCGGGACUGUGGCAACGGAAGAGCGGCAUCCACGGCAGGAAGAUUCGGGCACCCAUCCCCAUUAUGGCCAUUACGAAGCCUCGCGAAAAACCUGCAGAGGCCAUCACUUUUACCCUCAAAACUUUUUGAGCUGUUCCAAUAAUAAACAAUUUAAAUUUGGUUAACAUGCAA